CGACUUGCGUAACGUUAGCUAACUAUCAGUGCGACACACAUUUUACCCAUGGCUUGGUUUCAUUUUGUUUAAAAUGAACAAACGUUACAUCGAGUUCAAGCGAUGCUAAGAGCAUGAAAAAAAGACUACGGGAAACAUCAACUGGCUACAUAGCGAAGUUAUGUUAACUCAAACGCUUACAAAAGGGUUGAGCUAACAGCUAGUAGCUAGCUAACGUUAGCUGGCUUCCGUUACAUUUCUUUCUGCUGCAAUGACUAUCCACAUUUAACGUAACAAUUAGAAUUAGACUACAGGCAGUAUGUUCUUCAUGGACCCUGUGGAUCAUGUCUCUGAUCCUGUUUGCCUUUGUGGUCCGGGUCAGGGAUGGACUCCCCCUGUCAGCCUCAACAGACUUUGAACACAACCGAGAGCUACAGGAGAGGAAGCGGCAGCUCAGGACCAUCAGCAAGGCACUGCCCCACUUCCCUGACAGAGGGACCGUCAAGGGCCAGGAGCUCAAUAUAUACUUCAUCUCUACAGAGGGAGUAUCCUACAUGACCGUGUGCCACUGCAGCCUCCCUGUUGCUAAGGCCUUCUGCUUCUUGGAAGAUCUGCGCUGGGAGUUCACAGCAUGCUUCAAUAGCACUGUUGUUGCGUUGGCAGCCAGGCCAUAUCCAUUUUUGGAAUUUGACAGCACCAUUCAGAAGCUGAAGCAGCAGUACAACCAGAGCGGUGGUCCGGCCCUAGAGGUAACAUUUGCAGAGGUCCAGGAGGAUCUGAGGAUCCAUCCACUGCAACUAAUUAACUUGGACGAGUUGGAGCUAACCAAUGGCACCGCAAAUGGACAUAUGGAGCAAGGUCCUGGAUCUGGACAGAAUGUAAGACUUGAGCCCGUGACAGCGUCGGGCAUCCUCUCUCUGGUCCUAAAUAUCAUGUGUGCGUCUUUGAACGUAAUUCGUGGUGUGCACCUCAUGGAGUACACAUUCCAGGAUGACUAUGAAGGUAAAUGGAAUGUUGUGGCAUUUCUUCUGGCGUUUGUCUGCUGUGUGGUCCAGUGCCACCUCUACCUGUUCCAUUCAUCUCUUAAGAAACUGAAGUCCUUCACUCUCUUGAGCGCGAUCGUUCUAUGCAACAUGUACCUGCUCGGCUUGAGGAACGUUUGUCAGCUGAUCUUCCAUAUUUCAGUUGCCUCCCUCUCCACCGUCCUCAUACUCACUCGCAAACUCCAAGACAGAACCAAUGACUGUGGGGUCUGAGGAGCUCAGGACACUUAAUUGUGCUGCAUCUCUCCCAGCUAUUUGUGUCUCCAGUUUUCAGUGCAGGUGAGAAAAACAGGGUGGCAAAUAAAUUGAUCCACAUGAGUUAUUGAGAUGCUCUCUGGAUUUUUAACAAAAACAUAUUCAUGAACACUGUUUCAUCAUAGAAGAUUACUUGUGUACUUGCACUUUGUGUACAUCCUUUCCAAGAGUGUACUGAGUAUACAGUAAAAUGCAGUUCUUUCUGGUUCUUUAAAAAUAUCAUUAAAAAAAAAAAACCAACACUGCAAAAGGAUAAGAAGGAUAGGUCUAUUUAAGGAAAGAAAAUAUUGAUCAAUCUCUCUCAGACCCGUCCUGUCCAAAAAGUUUUUAAAGACAUUUUUUCUCUGUCAGAGUUGCUGACCAAAGUUUUUUACAUAGAAGGAACAAUGUUGUUGAAGUUGGUUGUUCUUGGGAUUUUGUAAUUAAGAUGCUUUUCUGCCAAGAUUCAGCUAGGUAUUAUAUCUGCACAGGCCAUGGGUGAUCUCUGCAUAAUCAGUUUACAACUCUAGGUGAUGGUUUGUGAUUCUAACAGACAAUAGAUGUAAGUGUACUUUUAAAAUAGGCACACAUGGCUGAUUAGGAGAUAAUUAGAUAGACCAUCUUGAAUUGGUAGCCGUGUGUUACUUAAACUGUGUAGUGUAGUUUGAUUUAAGACCAGUGUCAGUUAAGUGAAGUGGGCAAGACAGCUGUUUUUAUUUUUUUUCAAUAUUUUGCUCAUCAGGCUACAAGAAGAAAACCUAAUUCAAAGGUGUAAAUGUUAAGCUAUGGGUUGUUUCAUGCCUUACAGAUGCGUGACAAUGCAAAUAUAGUUGAUUGUUUUUGUGUAUUUAAUUGUUUCAUAUAUACAAAUUCACCGGCAAGUGCUCAGAAAGUUUAAAUGUAAGGGCUCUGUUAAUGACUUCACAGAAAUUACAUUCUACGUUACAUUACGGAGGCAUAUUAUCUUUUAAACGCAAACCAUUUUCAGCAGUUUUUGAGUAUCACAUAAUCUCCAAUUUCAAUCGUUUUUUGUACGAUCAAAGCAAAUUUAGGUAUUUUUGUUCCUUCUUUUUCUACUGAUCUCGGCAUUGUUAAAAUGUAUAUUGCGGGUAAGAAUAUGAAAGCACUGAUUUGAUGAGUAAAAUAGCAUUGAAAAUUGUUGGAAUAAAUUUUUUAACUGCACUGUUAGGUUUAAAACAUUUUUUUCUUGCAGUUUUUGUGGAAUGUGUUGCAUAUCGGGUUUAGCUAAAAUUAUAUUUAUAUCCUGAUUUCAGUUUACUUGGUUAUUUUUUUCUCAGUUUCUGUGGGGUAUAUAACACAGCUCCCUAUGUGUAAUUGUCAGAUUGUGAAAACAAAGAAAUCAUGCGCUUAUAAUUUAUGUUUGAAUAUAAUACACAUCACUGUAGUGCUGCUAAAUAAAUAGGCUAAGUAUAAGUCUCCUUUAGGUUAAUUUUUUAAACAGUUUUUGUAUUAAGCUUCUUAAAUAUUCAGUUUUUAAUAGCUGAAAAAUGCACUUGGCGUCCAUUAAGCGAGGGAAAUGUUUUAUUAAUUUAUAGUGUUUGUCAAACAAGUAGCAUUGUGUGGAACUUUAACAUCUGUCUUUUCCAUUGAACUGUUCCCUUAUUUUAUCAAGGAAGUUAGAAGGAAUUUUUUAAGGAAAACAAAUAUUUUAUAUCUCUUGCGACAAUCCAAAUAUCCUUCACUAUAAAGUACAAAUAGUUUAAAAAGCCACUCGUAGCUUGUAGUUUACAAAGUUUAUAAAGAGGUAGAGAACUCAAAUGUUUUCAGUGGAAGUAUAAAUGUAGUGCAGCUGCAGAUUACACAGGUGAGCAUGCUAUCAGUAAAUUUACAUUUUUUUCUCAAUUAGGUUGUUCUAUCCAUAACCUGGUGCUGUGCUGAGAAUUAGACUGGCUCAGUGAACAGCCUUUUGAGGCUACGUUUAACGAUAUGAAAGAGGAGUAAACUCUUUUUAAAUCAAUUUAAAUCAAGUUUAAAUCAAGUUUAAAUCAAUCAAGUUUUUAGUUGACAGGAUUGACAUAAAUUUUGUGAUUGGUGAUUAUGAAGUGUUCAAAAACAGUGAAUAAGUGAAACUUUGUUAUUAAUUGUUAUGCUGCAUGGUAUUUUCUGUGCUGUAAUAUUUUUGAUACAAAGGUUUUACUCACUUACCCUUUCCACUCCAGACAACAAGAAGUGUGUAAUUACACUGUUGACUAAAUUUAAUGUAAAAAUAAAUAAAUAAAUGUAGCCUUCAAUGUUUUAAAGAUAUAGAACCAAUUAAGGUUGAGGAUAUUUUAAUACUCAAAAUAAAAAUUAAGGAUAAGGCUGCAGCCUGUUUAUAAUGAUGGGAUGUAAUGGAAUAUUGUCAUUCAUUGUACAUUAACUGCCAAAUACAGUGGUGAUUACAGGGCUUUUAUUUUUUCCUGCCGUGGUAAGACUGACAUUUCAUCAAUAAACAAUGUCUUUUUUUC